AUUACACGUUUGAGGGUUUGAAAAAAAAAAAGUGUGUGAUUCAGAUUUUCAUGAAUCAAAAAACAAGUUUGAACACCUUCGCAGUGGCGGUGACGCCCACAUCCAUGCGACUGGCAAGUUUGUGCUCUCACUCCUGCAGCGCGCGAGCCGAGGAAGAUGAUGAUGAUGAUGAUGAUGAUGAUGAUGAUGGUGGUGGUAUGUGGGCUGUGAGUAGCGCAAACAGAGCGGAUUCAGAUCUUACUACAUAGUGAGCACCUGCUGGUGGCAUUUCUGAGUGCUUGAGCUCUGGGUGUGACGGUUGUCUUUUGUCCUGCACCUGCUUCCUCUCAGAUGAACUGGAAUAUCUUUUCUAUUGAACUGGAUCGUGCUGGAAUUACAUUUUAUUGAAAAGUUACGCGUGCUUAUGCUCACUAGUUCACUGGUGCAUCUGUCUUAACGCAUCUUUAACUCAUGUGUUUAUGUGAUUAUUGGUGCUCAUCUAAUGUCACACAGUGAGUGAGCGUGCUCCAGAUGCACGCGCUGCUUGGUCGGAAUUGGAAAGGGCUGGGAAUCGAUCUGUCUCCGGUCUCGUUGCCCCACGUUGCCGUGAGGAUGUUCAGCUGUGUCGGGUGUUUUUGGGUGCUCCUGUCCUCCGCCCUGGUCGCGAUUUGCAGUUUUAGUUUCAUCUCUCCCGCAUGGAUAGUGAAGGAGCACCUGAAAAACAAGGACGCAGUGAGUUUCGGGCUCCUGUGGCACUGCUCCGAGUCUCAGGAUCAUAUGUACAGAUGUUACACCUUUGGCGGGCUGGGCAAAUUUCAAGAGAUUCCUUCAAGCUCUUGGCAGACGAGUGCGGUGCUGUGUUCAGGUGGAUGUGCUCUGCUGGCAGUCAGCUCCCUGCUGGCCAUCAUCACCAUCUUCCUGCCCAGUGGAGCCUGUGAGAGGAGGAUCUGCACAUUGACAGGAUACAUGCAGAUGGCUGCAGUGGUCAUUAUGGCAUCUGGUUUACUGGUUUACCCCUUCGGUCUCAACUCCAGCCUGGUCAAAUCUUUCUGCGGAGACUCUGACAUCUACUACGCCGGGGAGUGUCAGAUAGGAUGGGGCUACAUGCUGGCUAUCGUAGGUGUCAUGCUCACCCUCUUCCUGCCCUUUUUCGCUAAGUACGCCCCCAAGGAGCAGCUGUCACCCACCCCAUUGCCCACUCUUUUAUAGAGCACCACCAACAAUAUUCAACCUGCUCAGCCAUCAUAACUAUAAAGUGAUCCAUUUGAGGUCGGACAGACUGUAAAGUCUCAGCAUCAUUUGCCAUGGUUGGCAAUGAUGUCUUGAAGAUAAUGUUGCUCUGGAGCAGAACUCAAAACCCUUCAUCCCCUCUAUUCUCAUUGGGUUUUUUUUUUUUUUUGUGCUAGUGUCUUCCUUAAUUCGAUAAGGUCUUUUUUCCGUCACAGUCAACCUGCCAGGUGAAAAAUUCAUUUGAAAAGGAUUAUAUGGAUUUUGGUCUUUCUUUCCCUUCUUUCUAAUUUAUUUUCAAGCUUUGUUCUUGAUUGAAGACCUCUAAGGACUAACUACUGAAAAUAACGGAUAAUGGACCAUGGUGCAAAUUAGUAUUUUUGAAAUUUUGUUUGCAAGGAUCAAAACCAAAAAUAGCAAAUUAAAUGAAAAUUUAGUUUUCAACAAUUUCCAAUAUUUUACUUAUCAGGCUUAUCAGCAUGCAAUGAAAGGAUAACAAAAAUAAAUGGUAGGCUCUUUUUAAAUGGACUUCCUUUAAUGGAUCCAACAGGUUUAAAGGAACAGUUUCAUCAAGAGAAACUGAACUCAAACUCAAUAAAUCUGACAGUCGGAAAGUUUUAUCACCUGAUAUAAUACCUAUUCAAGGACCAACACUGUGGCUUAAGUAAACUGAGACCUUUUAAUCCUCCGUACAAAUUUUUAAUUCACAGGCAUUUCUUCAUUUUGUUUCUCAUAACCUCGUGAGGGCCAUCAAGGAACUGUAUUUACAGUGCGGAUCAGGCCAUUGCUUCAAACUGCCAGGGAUGGACCACAAGCAUGGACUUUUCUCAACUGUAUGUGAAAGUGAAAUGAUCCCACAAGUAAAUUAUUUGUUUUCCCAAACUGAGUGAACAGCAUAUGUUGUGAAGUCUCUUUUCACGUUCUUUACCUUAACACCUACUAGUACUGAAUUAUUCAGGAUUCCUCAAAUCAGGCUGUUCUUAGUUAAAGUUGGGCUUAGUUAACAGUGAGACACUAUGUUCUGGAAAAUACCAACUUCUAACCAACUUGUGCCUUUUGACCAUUACGAAGACUUAAGUACCUUUUAUCAGGUAAUCUACUUCUAAAACAUUUUGUAAAUGCUUUCUUGUUGGAUUAACAUUGUAUGAUUAUUUCUCUAUGUCUCCAUCUUUAAUGAUGAUUAGUUUUAAAAUGUUGGCGCUUCUUGA